AUGCCCUGCCCAAGGCCGCCCUGGCUCCGCCGCCCCCGGGUCCCCCAGGCCUCGGGCCCCGGCUCCUCGGAGAGGGGGGACGAGGACGACGGAGAGGACGCCAGCACGGCCUCCGGCCCCAUGCUGACGCCCGCGUCGCCCGUGGAGUGCCUCAUCUGCGUGUCGCCCUUUGACAGCGUCUUCAAGCUGCCCAAGCGCCUGGACUGCGGCCACGUCUUCUGCCUCGAGUGCCUGGCGCGCCUGUCGCUGGCCCCGGCCUGGGCCUUCAACGCGGCCGUGGCCAUGGCCGUGCUGGUAGCCGCGGGCCUCUUGGUCUCCGGCGUCUACAUCUUCUUCCUCAUCCCACGCGCCGCUGCGCCCGCCGCCGCGCGCCCCCAGCUGGUGGCGCUCGCACCGGCGCCUGGCUUCUCGCUGUUCGCGCCGGCCACGCCCACCCGGACGCUGGAGCCCGACGCCACCGCGCGGGGGAUCGCGCGGGAGGCGCCCGCGCCGGAGCCUGCAGGGGGCGCCGCGGACCCGACGGAGCCGGGCACUGGGCUGGACUGGGGCUUGGAUCCCACGUUGGGGGAGACCAGCGGGGAGAGCAGCGCUGGCUGGUCUCCGCGGGCACGAGGCGGAAGGAGGGCGUGGGGCAGGCGGUGA